AUGGCUAUGUAUCUAAAGAACAACGAAAGGCGAUUGCCUACGGAACUACAGCACCAUCUUUGUUUCAUUUGUGGCACAUUGUUCCGUGAGAAGCAUGAAUACCAAAAACAUCUAAUCGGCCAUCAGUCCUUCGCACUGGUCUAUCAAAUAUACAAUUUCGACAAGUCUGAGAGCGAAAGAAAGGCUAAUGAAAAGGCAAAGAAACCGGAUCAGAAACCAGGGCGAGUUGGGCAUGCAGUUUCGGAUGAUUAUCCUAAGAAUAAAGGAUAUUCAUCCCUCCGUCAGUCAGAAGAGCUAGAGAAGGAGAUGAGAUAUCGUGCCAAAGGCCGUCCUCGAGUGGAUAAACUUGAGAAAGUACACCGAGAAGAACGUAGGCAGUACUUGCGCGAGAAAGAACGUGAAGAAGAGCUACUCGCAGAACGGGAACGUCAGCGUAAGAUUGAGGCUGCACGUAAGCGAAGGGAAACGCGAAAGAGGAAAUUGGAUGAGCACGCAGCCAUGACAGCAAUGAGGGAUCAAGCAAUGCCUAUAGCGAAACGCAAGCUAUCCAGCAGAGAUAGAGGUAUCGAUUCAACUCCACUCGUUUCUCCGGCUGCUCUGGAUGAACCAUGCUCCUCCUCGCCACCCGAACCACCCCCUCCACCGAAGAUAAUUUUGCCUAGAGAAACCGCUUCAGGAUUUUCUAUUGGCCCAUUAUUAGAAGAGAAAUGUCCUUAUUGCGAAACAGGAGAGCCAUAUGAACAUCCCGUGGAAGCCAUUGAACAUAUUGUGGAUCAUGGCGGCAGCGUCUUGGACGUGAAAUUGCACUUUUACGAAGAUGACAAGUUCAUUGCUACGGAGACACAACUUACAGGAGAGAAGUGUAACGUUUGCGAUGUCACCUUCGACUUUCCGACGCAGUACUACUUACAUUUGUUGAGCAAACAUCGAAUGGACGUAACGACAUAUUACCGGCGAACAAACCAUCUUAGUGCUAACAAUGUGAAAAUUACAACGGUCAUUAUCUAUCGCAUGUAUCCGGAACACACGGUCGAGUUUCGCGAAAUCAUCCCUGUUGAAGAAGUUGAAGGGGAGAAAAAAGAAUCGUAG